UUGCCUGGAGGGCUUUAUUUUUGCAAAAACACUCCGAAAACAAGAUUUUUUUUGUUACCAGUCCCUUUUGGGAGUGGAGAGGUUCAGUUCUCACUGAGCACGGCCUGGCUGGGCAUCCCCAAACACAGCCCCUGAAAAAGCAGCUGCAGGUGCUCCGCGACCCGAAGGAAAGAGCUGUAACAUCAGACUUUUUUUUUUUUUUUUUUUUUUUUUUAAACAAAACUCGGCAAGGACAAGAGAGCCUCCUGCGGGGAGCAAGUGUGGGGGAAGGCGAGGGGGCGAGCCAAGCCAGACAAGCGCCUGAGUGAUAACUUGCCUGAACCCUUUGAUAAAUGAGUUGACUCUUUUUUUUUCCCUUUUUUUUUCUUUUCCCCCCUUCAUUUGCCACACGCCAGAAACAGAAUUGGCCUGAACUAGUGGAAUUGGCAGCAAAAAACUAACAUACAAGUGUGUCUGGUCAAUAGAACGCUUGUUCCUGCCGCUGGGUGCUGCGUGAGGACUCCGACUGUGCUCUGGCCCCAGAGUUGGAUACUGCAGACGCACUCAGGGUUUUUCUUUUCUUGCCCCUCCGCUCUGUCUUUUUAAAAAUAUUCAUCAAUGGGGUGGGUAGUUUGCUGUAGUCAUUAAAAUAUCUCUCUCCCCUCCCCCUCGCUUUCUCCAGGACUGCCACUGUUGAGUCUGUGGGAAUAUGAAUCAGCAGCAGCAGAGAAUGGCUGCAGUUGGGACAGACAAAGAGCUCAGUGACCUGCUGGACUUCAGUAUGAUGUUUCCUUUGCCAGUGGCUAAUGGAAAAAACAGACCCACGACCCUUGGGAGCACUCAGUUUGGAGGAUCAGGCUUGGAUGAAAGACCAGGAUCAGGUUCCUGGGGAACGGCAGAUCAAAACAGCUCCACGUUUGACCAAGGAAGGAGCUAUGGCGAAGGCCCCCACUAUGGUGAGCACCGGGACCUGCCAUCCCACAACAGCAUCUCCUCAUCACCAUUCCUGGGAGCUGGACUCGUGGGGAAGAGCAGUGAAAGAGCCUCAUACUCCACAUUUGGAAGAGACACAGGGAUGCCAGGACUAAACCAGCCCAGUUUCCUGCCUGGCGAGAUGGGAAUCGCCAGCCCGAGCACACUUUCCCCCACCGGAGGCAAAGGGGGGUCUCAGUAUUUUUCUUACCCCAACAAUCCUCGCAGGAGAGGUGCUGAGAGCAGCAUAGAUGGACAGCCCAAAAAGGUUCGGAAGGUGCCUCCUGGACUCCCCUCCUCGGUGUAUCCAUCCAACUCAGGUGAUGACUACAGCAGGGAUCCAGCUGGAUAUACUCCCUCAAAACCUCCCAGCACUGUGUAUCCUGGAGCCUUUUAUAUGACAGAUGGACUCCAUAACUCACCAGACCUGUGGAGUUCCCCAGGUGCCAUGAGCCAGUCAAGUUACGGUGCCAUGCUGGGCAGCUCCUCGUCCCCACUCCCACAGUCCAGUGGCUUCAACAGUUUACAUCAGCAUGAACGGAUGAACUACCAGCUGCAUACAGGAGAGGUGAACGGUGGACUCCCCUCUGUGUCCGGCUUCUCCUCAGCCUCCACAGCAUACGGAGUGUCCAGUCACACCCCCCCGAUCAGCGGCACAGACAACAUCAUGGGUAACAGAGGAACCACAGCUGGGAGCUCUGGAGAUGCACUUGGGAAGGCUCUGGCCUCAAUUUACUCCCCUGACCACUCUAGCAAUAACUUCUCCUCCAACCCCUCCACCCCGGUCGGGUCCCCGCAGGGCCUUGCAGGCUCAUCGCAGUGGCCGCGGGCGGGUGGAGCGGGUGCCUUAUCGCCCAGCUACGAAGGGAACCUCCACACUUUGCAAAACAAAAUGGAAGACAGGUUGGAUGAAGCCAUCCAUGUGCUGAGGAACCAUGCCGUGGGCCAGACCUCUGCCAUGUCCAGCAACCAUGGGGACAUGCACGGGCUGCUGGGCUCAGCACCACCACACAGUGCUGCCGUGGGCAGCCUGGGCCAGGCCUUCCCCGCCUCGGUCAUGGCCCUGGGGAACAGGCACCCAAGUCUGGUGGGAGGAGGCCACCCUGAAGAUGGGUUGUCCAGCAACCCCAGCUUGCUCCACAACCAUGUCACACUUCCAUCACAGCCCAGCUCACUCCCGGACCUCAGCAGGCAGCAGGACACGUACAGUGGCUUGUCUGGGGGGCUGGGGCGGAGCAGUGUCUCCUCAGGAACGAGCGAAAUAAAGAGGGAAGAGAAGGAGGAUGAAGAGAACACGUCAGUGGCAGAUAACUCAGAAGAGGAGAAGAAGGAGCUGAAACCCUCCCGGAACAGAACAAGGUGCUCUUUGAACAGUCAAGAUGAGGAUGAGGAGGACGAUCUUCUUCCCCCAGAGCAAAAAGCCGAGAGAGAGAGAGAAAGGAGGGUCGCCAAUAAUGCCCGUGAGCGCCUGCGGGUUCGUGACAUCAACGAGGCCUUUAAAGAGCUCGGACGCAUGUGCCAACUGCACCUAAACAGCGAAAAACCGCAGACCAAACUGCUAAUCCUACACCAGGCCGUAUCAGUCAUACUGAACCUGGAGCAACAAGUUAGAGAGCGCAAUCUGAACCCAAAAGCGGCCUGCUUGAAGCGUCGGGAAGAGGAGAAAGUGUCCGGAGUGGUAGGAGACCCCCAGAUGACCCUGUCAGCUUCACAUCCUGGUCUAGGAGAUGGUCACAACCCUGUUGGACACAUGUAAAGAUCUUUUUAUUCCUCUGGAUACAGAGAUCUGUAGGAAGAAAACCCUCGGUGUGACCUGCAACCCUGUUGAACCACAAACUGUAGUACUGCUCAUACUGACACAUGCAGACGGAUCCUGGCAUGACGUAAGGGGUGGAAAAAACACUUUGUCAGAAAUGAAACGGAAACAAAAAAUUGCCUUAAGUAUAAAGUGCAGAACAGUCAAUACAUAUCACUCAGUUAGGAGGGGGUGGCGUGUUCUCUUGGCUUGUUCACAAGCAGCCAGCAGCAAAAUUGUGCCUAAGCUUGAUAUUUCUUUUUUAAAAAAAAAGAACAUUAGUUAUGAGAUUUUUUUUAUGUAGAACAAAUAGCAAUGCCUUUUGGUUUUUUUUUAGCUUCUUUUGCAUAUGUUUUGUAAGCAACGAAAAGAAUUUUUUUUGUAUAAAAACAUGUCUUGUACCCUCCGCUUUUCUGCUGCUGUUUCUAUAGUUAACGUUGCAUCUUUAGGAUCAACCAGAAUAUUAAAAUUGUAUUAAGAGAGACUGGAUAUAAAGAGAGGAAUUCUCAGAUUCGGCUCAGAAAGCCACUAAAAGCGAAUGUAGCCACAGUGAGGGAAUGUUCUUCCUUGCCUGGCUUGUACCUUCCAUGACAAAAAACAAACUCAUGUGCUGAAUUCGCCAUCUCUUUGCUUCGGCCUCUUCUGAUUUGGGAAAAGGAAGUUGAACAGCAAAGCGAUUGGCAGUAGUACUCCCGCUCCCCCCAGCGGUGACCGAGGUGACUCACGAGGUUUGCUUUGCUGCCGGAGAUCCGUGGGGAGGACAGGCUGCUGAGAGAGAGCAGCCCCGGGUGGAGGAGAACCGAGGGACUGAGGCGCUUCCAGGUGAGCAGAGCAGCAAGGGAUGCACAAGGGAAGCGCCUCUGCCCAGAGCUGCUGGAAGCACUUCCAGGAGCAGCACUGAACAAAGACCAACUGAACAAAGCUGGAGCACUGGGAAGAGGUGGAGGCAGCCGGAGCACAGCAGCAGCAGUGGGACACAGGCUCAGGAAGCCAGGCAGUAGCAGACCUGUGGAUGCUGGAGCAGGAAAGGAACAGCGACCUGGCUCACUCCAGCCUUGGCAAAACCAUGACCAGCAGCAGGAUUCAUUCUUGCAGUGGAGCUGCCACUGUCAGAAAUGCAAAAUGCUGGCUCAGGGAGAGGGGUGGCUUCACAGCCUGCUGUCACCUGCUGUCACAUCUCCCAGAUAUCCUUGGAGGCAAACUGAGCUCAGCACUGUGCCAAGGGUUUUGAGUGGGCACUGUCACCUGCACAAGGGCUCCUCUCUUGGGGCUGGGAAGGAGGGUAGCAGGAGUGCCUGUCCUGCACCAUGAGCUCCAGCAGCCAACCUGUGCCAGACAUCCCUUCUCUCCAAGGGAUUCCCAGUCACUCCAGACCACUCUGGUGUGCUAAGCAGGAGGAGGAUCCCUGGAAGCCCCUCUGGGUGCCCCAGAGGUGUGUGGAGCAAAGAGGUGUGCUGGGUAGUGCUGAGCUGCAGCAGCUGUUCUGGAGAUGGCUGUGGAAAAACAUCCACCAGGAAUUUACUCUUGUUUCUUCCCUCUCGUUUCCCUUCUGAAACAUUUUGUGCCUGGUUCUUCCCAGCACUGCAGAGCCCAGUCAGGCAGGAUGGUGCAUGGGACGUGGGUGCUGGUCUGGGGGGAAUGUGAGGAACUCCUCUCUCCCCUGCAGGGUCUGUCUCUCCCCUGUGCUGCCUCAGCCUGGGCUCCUGGGGAAGCUCUGUUGCUUUGGCACAGGGAAAGGGACUGGCAAACAGGAUUAGGUCCUGUGGCACUUCCAGCAACCCCAGGCUUUGGCAUAGCCUGCUUCUCCUCCAUGCUCAUGGCUGUACUCUGUGCUUUGGCAAACCCUGCUGGAAGUGCUCAGGGUAGUGCUUAUCUCCCACCCACACCUGGGCACUGUGGCCUCAGUCCCUGUGGCAGCUCCAAGCUGAGCCACUCCAAGUGCCAGGACGGGAUGGGACUGUCCCUGCUGCCCUUGGCCCUGCCCUGAGGCUCCCCAGCAUCCAGCCAUCGCUCUGAAGCUUUUGGGAGUUCCUGGCUUUCCCCAGCUUGCUGCUCCCACCAUUUCUUCUGCAUGGUGAGACAGUCAGCAGCUGCAGCUCUGUCCCUGGGAAGGGCAGGAAAGCUCAGUGGUUCCAGUAACCCAGGUAUUUCUUGCCUGUGUCAGCAGACGCAUUUUAGCCUAAUCAGCUUGUCAGGUUACAACACUUCCCUCCAUUGGGUUCUUCUGGCUGCUGAAGCAGCAGGCAGAGAAAUGGAUGAGAUUUUUCUGCGUGUGUGACAGCCUUGACUCCCAUUCAUGCUCUGGAGUGCAAAUUGGAGUGCUCAGCAGCUGCUUUUUGUUUCAUCCAUGAGAGUUCCUGCUCCACUGGUGGGACAGUGCUGGGACUGCUAAGGGCCCACUGCUCAGGGGUUUUGGCUGGCUCAGUGCCCCUGUCCCAGAACCAGGAGGGAUGGAGCAGCGUCCCAACCCUGGAAAGCUUGAAACCCUACAAAAAAUAUUUAAAGUGGCUCACAAACCCUUUGAUUUUUGCCCCAAGAAUUGAAGGUGGCAGUCAUGGACAACUGGACUUAUCGGAACUAGUCAAGAAAAUUCCAUUAAUUCAACAAAAUUGGAAAUCUGAGAAGAUUUAUGAGUGGUUCACAAAUUUGCUGAACUUCUUCAUCCCCUCCGAGUCCUGCAGCCAGGGAGGAAUUGCGAUGAGCCAGAGCAUUUCUCACCAUCCCUGAAUCCCCAUUGCAUUGCAACAAAAAUGGAGCUUUUCAGCUGCAUUUUGGUGGCUUAAGAUCUUACUUUGGACAGCAAAUCCAGCCAACUUCCUUCCAUGGCAAGGCAUGGGUGAAGAUCCUUGAACACAAGCCCUCAGAGCCAGGGUUUGGAGAGAUAAUUUCAAAAGCACAAUGUAGGGGGUGGCAGUGCUCUCCCUGGAGCUGCCUUGAUGGCACAGGAUGACAGCUUUGUGUGCCAGCCCAGUAUGGCAUCUCUGCUUUCCCAGGGAACAACUGGGAAGAGCAGCAAGAAAAAAUUCCUUUGUCUUGCUCGGUGUGAACAUGGUGCCUGUAACCAUGGGGAAAUGGCUUUUCUAAAAACAACCACUGCCAGGUGCUGUCCCCAAAAUACCACCAGCCCAACCCUGAAAUGUCACUCUGUAGCAAUGAAACUCUUGUCUUUAGGUGUUGUGGUCAGCAAUGGCCAGGUCUGCACUCUCUCCAGCCCACAGCUUUGCUCCAUUCCAUUUUGGAUCUUAGAGAUCCCCAGACCUGCUCCUCUGCCUGUCUGCAUGUCCCCAUAGCAGUGGUGUUGCCAGGAGAGGUGUCACAGGUGGGUGACGUGCUGUACCAUCCCAUUUAUUCAAUUUUCUCCUUCCUCUCAGCCUUUGCUUGCAUGGCUGCUCCUGGGGACACAUGCCUUCUUCUUCGGGGGCCACUGAGCCUCCCCAAAGCUUCCUUCAUCAAACAGGGGGGCUGCCUUCCCUUCUGUGCAGUUUCUAGUUCCUGUUUCCCCAGGCUGCAUCCCAGUGAAGCAGCAGAACUGGGACACUGCCAUGGGACAUUUCUUGUGUCCCCAGCCCAGGGGCCUCUCUUGCUCCACUCAGCCAGCCCCUGCCUCCUUGCACGCAAGCUGUGCAUGCCACAGUGCUGGGGAGUGUCUGGAAUCCAGUCUAUGAACAGUAAAAUUGCAGAUUUUUGUUUUCUUCCUUUUCACGUGUUUUUUCCCCCCGAGCAAAGCAUCUGCAGCUCCCAUGGGCCGGUGCCUCAGGCAAUGGUGGCAGCUCCUGCUCACAGCCCCAGGGAACAGAAUUCCAGCUGUUUGGCAUUCACCCCUGCCCAUGACCUCCUGUCAGAGCCACUCACAGCCUCAGCCAACAUCUCGGGGCUCUCUGCUCUCCUGCUGUCAUAGCUAUCCCACAGAGGUGUGUUGGCAGGAAGGAUGGAAUCAAGCUGUGGUUUCCUCAGGAGUCUGUAAUUCCAAAGUCAGUGCAGAAACCGCUCUCCAAGGUCCUUUGUGUCUCACCAGUGUCCCCACUGAAGCCAGCAGAGCCUUUGGGCCCUUGCUAGGUGGUUCCAGUUGUGGGGGCUCAGGAAAUGGGAGGCUUUGGAAACCCCCAAUCACCUGCACCCCCUGCGCUUUGCUGCCAACUUUGGGGCCUGUGGAACCCAAGUUCCUCUUGCAGGCCCUGCUGUGCUAUAGUGGGGAGCCUGGGCCAGCUCCAGUUCCAUCCCUGGGCUUUGGGAGGUGAAGCAAAGCUGGCGAUGGAGCUGGGCCAGAACAAGCCUUCAGCCUCCACCUUCUGUGCUGGCUAGCCCAGAGCAAGCCCUGGCCACUGCACUCCCCCUUUCCUGCCCAACACCAGCAAUAGCAAGGCCUGUUUUCUGUACCCCAAGCUUGCACAAGGUCUUUGCCCUGUUAAAAAUCCUAUGCAAAUCUUAUCCCUCUCCCCUCUCCCAGGGCUCUGCAGAUCCCAGCCCAGCCCAUUCUCUCUGUUCUUGUCUGUGAUUGCUCCUGAGUUCCUGCUCCCUGCUGCCCACGGGGUCCAGCUUCAUUCCUGGCAGCUCCAAAAGCAUUUUGAGACUUGUGCCCUGGAGCUGGGAGGAGGCAGAUGAGUCUGCAGGAACAUCCAAUUCACAUUGACCACUGAACUGGAGGAGGCAAGGUCUGGUCCUGGGGCUCCUCCACACACCCUUCACCCUCCUGUGCCUUCUGCUCGGUGCUGCUGGGGCACUGCCAGCAUCUUUCAUCCCUCCAGCCCCCUGAAAGGAGAAGCUCUGUUCCACCUUGUUAUUGCCCAGACUGCUCUGUUCUAACACCAGAGCCUCAGGCUCAGCUGGGGCUGCUCUUCCUUCAGCCACUCCAGCCUCUCCAGCCACUCUAAGAAGGGGUAUCUCCCUUCCCCCCAUGCUCCCCAGUCUCUCCAGCCAGCAUCUCUGAGCUGUUUCACUUUGUAGAGGAGCAGCCCAUGCCAGCAGUGCCCACCAGCUGGGCUGAAGGCAGGAGGAUUUGGGGGGCGUCCCACAGCACAGCUGCCUCUCCCUGCCCUUGGAGCAGGUGUCAAGGGACAUGGUGCUCUGUAAUUUGAUUUCCAGAACAAUUCAGCCUUUAUGGGGAGCCAGCAGAGCUGUGCCUUGGCCUGCCUCCCCACGGGGAGGUGGGCACUGGUUAGGAGGGUGGUGCAGGCUCCACGUGACCUUCUGCCAAAUCUUGUGCGUCCAUCUUGAGCCCAGCUCAGAGUCAAGGGCCGUCCUGUCAUGGGUCUCCACACUGGUAUCUCUGUUCCCCUGGUCUUGCAGCCCUCCUGCUCUUCAGGGCUCUCCAUUCCCACCCUGGCUCAGCCCAGCCCCUGCAGUGUGGAGGGCAAGGCUGUAACACAUCAUGGGACAUAUCAGCUCUUCGUGGCUGCAGCACCAGCUCAGACAGCAAAGGGGUUUCUGCUUCCAAACGGGGUGUGCUGGCACCAAGGCCGUUUGCCAAAGAGCAUCCCUCUGCCCUGCAUCCCUGGGCUGUGCCCAGGGGAGCCAUGGAGUUCCAGGAGGCAGCGAGCUGGGGACAACGCAGGUACCCCUUCCCAGGGCCAUGUCUUCCCAAAUCACUUGAACCCAGCAGCUUUUGAGCAAACCUUGCACCGUGGAGCCACUCGAGAGAAGGAGCCAUGGGAAGCCACACAUCAGGCACUGCUCAUGUGCCAGGAGAGGGGAAAGAGGUGCCUGGUGAGGCAGGACAGGGAGGAUCCCAACCCCACAGGUGGGAAUGACCCGCUGGGUGCCCAGAGCUCCUGCUCUCUGGGGAAACAAAGCAUUCUUGGGAUGUUUUUCUCUAUAUUUUUGUAGGAAUGGGGGUGGGAGAGCAGAUGGAAGAUGCCUGCAGAAGUUGUUUAUUUUUAACCCUGUAGAAAGUUUUGGGUUGUUUUUGAUUUUGGCCUUUAAAAUAAAAAAUGGUCCUUGCUUUUGAUGUUUAUGCUGCCUACCUGUAAAUCCAGAUGUACUUAAGUGGCUGAAAUCCUUGUUCUUAAAUCAGAUACACAUUAUAGUUUUGAACUAUAUAUAUAGUAAAUAUAUAUAUAUAUAUGCCUAACCCAGCAAAAAAAAAAAAAAAAUAAAGUAUUUGGGGGUGGGAAAUGCGUUGCUCUUUGAAAUGAAUCACAAUUGGGGGAUGAAAUUGUGUUUCUGAGUGCCUCAAGAUAUGAAUUGUUUUCAUUUUUUUAAAUAAUUUUAUACAAGUGUCAAAACAGCUGGCUGGAUUAUUUGGAAUUUUUAAAUAAUCCUAACUUUUUUAAAGUAGAUUUUGAGAACUGUCCUGUAUAUAACAGUAAUGUAGCAAUAAAUGUGACAUUUUAUAACAAUA